GUGUCGCACAGAGCCAUUGCAACUUGUUCAUGACAAGAAAACAGCGCAUGCCUGGCGCGAAAGAGGGGCAAGUCUACACAUAUCCUGCACAAAGAUGGCGCAAAGCCCGCCGCCAAUACCUCACAAUGUCGUCAACCCGGUGGGGUUGGAGCGGCGCAACGGAUACCGCGGACACCACAGGAGAAGGCGAGAACAGUUCCGGCAUACCGGGCGACUCGCUGGCCGGGGAGGACAGUCGAGAUGGAUCGCAGACUGCCGCCAAAGAUGACCCUAAGGAAUGGUUCUACGACGAGCUAGCGAUGGAAGAGAUGGAGACAGGCGAGGAGCCGGAAGCGGAGUCCGACGAGGACUACUACGACGACACCUAUGCCAACCGUCGCCGCAAACGAGGGGGCGCAGCGCUCACCGGCCCGGGCUCCCGCGGCGGCCGCACGCGCAAGUCCCAGCCUGACGACACGCCUGCCAAGCGGGGCCGCGCGGGCCGCGGAAGGAAACGCGCUGGGCAAGGCACACUCCCUUACGAGACCACAGGCGACUCGGAAAAGCCAUUCGGCUGCGAACUGUGCGGAGCUAAAUACAAGACGCGAGCCGGUCUCACUUACCACUUCACGCACACGCACAAGGAUCCGCCGAGCGGCAGUGCCGGUGCCGCGGCUGGCAGUGACGGCGACUCGCGCGACAGCCGCGGCGGCGCCCACACGCCGCCGGCGGUGGCGGCGGCCCCAUCGGCGGUCGGCGGCCCGGCUCAACCCGCGACAGAGUACCAAGAUAGCUACGUGACGUUUCUGAACAACCCCGGAGUUGGUGCUGCGACGUCGGCAGCCACAUCGGCAGCCACGGCGCCGGCCCCGGCGCCGGUCCGGCGCGCGUCGCCGCCGCCUCGGCCGGCGUCGGCCGACACGUCGUCGUCGGACUCAGCGCACGCGCCGCUCGUGCCGCCCGCUACCACGGCUCCGGCGCCGCCGCCGCUGCCGGAGCUGAAGGAGCCGGCGACUAAGGUAUGUACCCCUCUAUAGUGUAGGCGACUGCCUGAGCUGAAGGAGCCGGCGACUAAGGCGUCACCAUCACCAUACUGCGACUUCUGCCUCGGCGACGACCGCGAGAACAAAAAGACGGGAACGCCCGAACAGCUCGUCAGCUGCUCCGACUGCGGCCGAUCAGGGCACCCCACCUGCCUGCAAUUCACCGCGAAUAUGAUGGUGUCGGUGUGCAAAUACCGCUGGCAAUGCAUCGAGUGCAAGUGUUGUUCGCUCUGCGGAAACAGCGACAACGAUGAUCAGCUGCUGUUCUGCGACGACUGCGACCGCGGCUACCACAUGUACUGCCUGGCGCCGCCGCUCGAGACGCCGCCCGAGGGCUCCUGGUCGUGCGCGCUGUGCAUCAAGCAGUUCCACUGCAAGGACUAGGUGAGACGGUGUUGCUGGGAACAUUG